AUGGUGUUAGCCGAUCUAGGCCGCCGGAUCCGGAAUGCCCUCGGCAAGCUCGGCCAGGCCACCGUCAUCAAUGAGGAGGAGCUCGAUGCUAUGCUCCAAGAGGUCUGCCGGGCCCUCAUCGAGGCCGACAUCCACAUUCGGCUCGUGAAGCAGUUGAAGGAUAAUGUCAAAAAAGUGAUCAAUUUCGAGGAUAUGGUUGGUGGCGUCAACAAGCGUCGCCUGAUCCAGAAGACCGUUUUCCAGGAGCUGCUGAAACUGGUGGAUCCCGGCGUGGCUCCAUACCAGCCGAUCAAGGGCAAGCCAAAUGUGAUCAUGUUUGUCGGCUUGCAGGGUUCUGGAAAGACAACGACUUGUACAAAGAUGGCCUACCAUUACCAGCGGAAGGGUUGGAAGACCUGUCUGAUCUGCGCUGAUACUUUCCGUGCCGGUGCUUUCGAUCAGUUGAAGCAAAACGCCACGAAAGCCAGGAUCCCCUUCUAUGGUAGCUACAGCGAAAUGGACCCGGUCGUCAUUGCCGCGGAAGGAGUGGAGCGUUUUAAGAAGGAGGGCUUUGAAAUCAUCAUUGUCGAUACCUCUGGUCGUCAUAAGCAAGAAGCCUCGCUUUUCGAAGAGAUGUUGCAAGUGUCGAACGCUGUGACGCCGAAUAACGUGGUUUUCGUCAUGGACGCCUCAAUUGGUCAGGCUUGUGAGGCACAGGCUCGUGCCUUUUCCGAGACUGUCGACGUCGGAUCCGUCAUCAUCACGAAGAUGGAUUCUCACGCAAAGGGAGGAGGAGCGCUUUCUGCGGUUGCCGUGACAAAGUCUCCGGUCGUUUUCAUUGGUACCGGCGAGCAUAUCGACGAUUUCGAGGUUUUCAAGCCGCAAUCUUUUGUGCAGAAGCUGCUGGGUAUGGGCGACUUGAAGGGCCUUGUUGACAUGGUCAAAGACAUUGGAAUCGAGGACAACGAGGAGCUUGUCAAGCGCAUCAAGCACGGACAAUUCACUUUGCGUGACAUGUACGAGCAGUUCCAGAACAUUAUGAAGAUGGGCCCGUUCAGCCAGAUUAUGUCGAUGAUUCCCGGAUUCGGCCCUGAUUUCAUGACGAAGGGCAAUGAACAGGAGAGCUCGCGUCGUCUCAAGCGACUCAUGACGAUCAUGGACUCAAUGUCGGAUUUUGAGCUUGACCACGACAAGGCGUCGGACCUGUUCAACAAAGAACCCCGCCGUCUGACCCGCGUCGCCAAGGGUUCCGGCACCAGCGAAAAUGAGGUCAAAGAACUGCUCUUGCAAUACAAGAAGUUCUCCGACAUGGUCAAGAAGAUGGGAUCGAUGAAGGGACUAUUUUCGGGCAAGGGCGGCGACAUCAACCCGAACAAGGUGAACCCGGCGCAGAUGGCGAAGCUGAACCAACAAAUGGCCAAGAUGAUGGACCCUCGCAUUCUGCAGCAAAUGGGCGGCAUGGGCGGGCUUCAGAACAUGAUGCAACAAUUCUCGAAGAUGGGGGGAAAGAUG